AUGUUGUCGGAUGACGUCCACCUCUCGAUGCUACUCGCGAUGUGGGCGACAGGCGCAGUUGCGGCUGAGGCGCAGCACGCCAACCGGCGCCAACUUGUAGGCAGGGGUCAUUGCUUAGAAGCGGACGUCUACGGUCCCCAGAUGACGGUGUGGGAUCAGGUGCAGUACUUUACAAAUCCCGACUUUGCGACUGCUCUGGUGAACACAGUGUACUGCGCACGGGCCGUCGCGCUUGCCGGGCUGGACUCGGUUCUGAACUCCGCGUCCCAAAACUACACGAUCUUCUGUCCGUUGGAUGCCGCGUUCCUUGAUCUCGAGCAGACCGACAAGGCCCAAUUUGACGCUCUGCUCAGCGACCCUACUGAGGCGCUCCGCAUCAUGAGCUUCCACGUUAUUGAUCAUCUGGUCUUGUCGUCGUCGUUCCGGCAUGGGGACGACGACUAUAUGUUUACGGACAACGUCAUCACGACCCACCUCGGCCCCGAUGUUACGGGCGGGCACACGCGCUACAAGGUGGCCACCGCCGCCGCCACCGAGGGAGCUGCGCCGACCGUCGCCUUUCGCCGCUUCUCCGAGUUUGAGAAGCUGCACGCUGCGCUCGGCAUCGCGGUGCCCUUCCCGGUGGCAAAGACGUACGGCAUCAAGGGCGCGAGCGACGCGACCAAGCGGGAGCGGCGGCACAAGCUGCAGGAGUACCUGCGCCAGACCGCCGCAGCCUUCCCUGCCGACAACCCGCCGCAGGCCCUCCUCACCUUUCUGGGCUUCAAGCAGCCGACUGGAGCCGCGCGUUGCGCGUCAACCGGCGGCGCGGCGGCCGCAGCGGCGAGUGAGGAGGAGUGUCCCAGAAGCUGA